AUGUCCUCGCAGGCGCCGGCUUCUGGACUCCGUUUGCAAAUCGCUGCUAUCGAGCAGGAGAUUGCCUCCUUGCUGGCUCAAAAAGCAAAGCUUGAAGAAACCCUUGCGACUGUUCCGUUUCCCGCUCUCUCGCUGCCUCUCGAUAUUGCGCGGCUCAUCUUUCAUCGCGUGGUCCCCGAUCACCCCAGCAACAGGCGCAUAGUCGAAGCGCUCAAGAUUGCGGGUGUCUGUACUGCCUGGCGGGACAUCGUCUUUACAGCGCCGGAACUGUGGACCACUGUCGCAGUCAAAACUGGCAAUGUGGCGAUGGUGCAGGCGCUAGAUACGUGGCUUCCGCGAACGAAAGGAUCCGCCUUCAAGCUCAUCAUCAACUUCGAACGCGACGAAAGAGUGGCUACCGCGGUUUGGGCUGCCGCAACCAGAUAUUCCGCGCAGUGGCAGGAUGUCUUGCUCACCACUGGCGACUCGCUCACUCUCCCAUUGCCCAACUCGCUCCCGGCACUCACGGCGCUCACCAUCCAGGGCGAUUUGGCACUCGAAUGUGCUGAUGGGAGCACUGUUGAUGCGCCGCACUUCUCGCAUCUCUCGCUCGACACACCGAUUCUGAUGUUCCAACUGGGACUGCCGCUUGAGCAGGUGGCCACGCUUUACCUCCAGGGCGAAUCCUACUCCGGGCUCAUCCCUAUUCUUGCGAAAACACCCGACGUGCGCGACCUUACGCUCGACUUUUCCGACUCAGACGGCCUCGUGGCCAGCGCCGGCGCUUCGUCCCCACUCGUGCUCACGUGCCUACACACACUUGAGUACAACCAUGACCUUCCAGAGGCGAUUGUCAUAGCGCUUGUGCUUCCCGUGCUGCACACCCUCCGUUUCCGUAGCGAACUUCCCGGCCCCUUCAACACCGUGCCGACAUCCCAGCUCCUUACCAUGCCAGGCACCGGCGCUCGUCGCGCGCUGCGCGAACUCGAGAUCGGCCGGACACGUGGCCACACCGUGACCUCGCAGGUGAUGGCGUGGCUUGCUGGGCUGCCGACACUCACCCGGCUCACAAUAUGCCUGGACGGCUUUGGCCCGGAGGACAUCGCCACAUUCUGCAACGAAAUUGCUGGCGGGGACCUCCUUCCCGAGCUCGAGACACUGCUUAUCACGCACAUGAAGCGCGCGGUUGAGGCACAGGUCCUGGCAGACGUGGUCGAACGCAGGUGGCGCUGGGUCGGCGGGGGAUCGCGGAUAAAGAAGUUCGAGGUGCAAUUGGUGGGAGAAGAUGUGCUGGGGUAUGUUGAGAGGAGGUUGGGAAGUGGGCAGAUGAAAGGGCUGGAGUACAUGAUCUCGCAAGGGCAUAGUACUCAUCCGCACAACUUGAAUAUGUAUUGA